AUGCAAAGUGAUGAUUUAUUCAAAACUUCUUAUGGAGUUGGACAUCACUGGAGGAAAGAGUUUUAUUUCCCUGAUUCUGAUACAAUGGCCAAACUUAGUAAAAGACUUACAUGGAGUUUAGAGCCCGAAUCUGCAGUUAAGUGUGACGAUCAGUAUCAAACGUCGAACAGGCUUGGGUACGAUCGGAAGGUCCCGAAGGAUUGUUUAAAGUGUCCACAAAAUCCUCUACCACCCCAUCACUGGGAUGUUCACUACAUAAAUGAUUUUCGUUCACGAUUUCUCCGUGGAGGCUACAGAAGACCCUAA